AUGUCAAAACAGGAUGAAGAUACCUCUUCCCCUUUCUUCAAUCUCGAAAAGGUUGUUCAGCAGUACGGCGAGCAGCGGGAUCUGCUCGAGUUAAUACUGUCUAGCAAAGUGGAGGAAGAUCGACGGCGAGCAGAAGAAGCCAAGCUUCGACAAAAGGAGAUCGACUAUCUAUUGCAGCAACAUACUAAUACGGCACAACAACAACAACAACAAACACGUACAUACCGAUCACCACCAACGCCAAUGACAACUUCUAUGGACAACAACAACAACAAUUGCGGCAGUAGGCAACACCCUAUUACUAUGCAUAAUCACCCACAGCAGAUUGAACCGAGACAAGUUUAUCAACCCAUGUUACCAUCCUUUCCUCCUCCUGACAAGCUCCCUAUCCUACCGGCGACUUCUCGUCGUUUGCAACGUCCUACUGCUGCCCGCCGAAGACGACGACGAGAAAUGCAAGCCAUAAGCACUAUUAUCGAGACGCGAGAGUUUCCGUACAACGACGACUACCUUUGGAAAAACAAUGGAAAUACUGUUCAUAAGAAGUCUGGCUUCAGGAGUAUAUACUACAAAUGCUCUAAUAGCGCAAAGGGCUGUCCCGUCAAUAAGACUGUAACGUUCAAAGAACACGGCAACUAUCUUAUCAAAUAUCGGGGAGAGCACCUUGAUGAGUGCAAUCGCAUCAAGCGCAUUGUAGAUGUGUAA